CUCAAGCGUCACAACUGUCAGCCACCAGCAGUCACCGGCAUUUUGCCCUUGGAAUAAUGGAACGUUUUGUCGAAGCAUGUCCAGAUCAAUCGAGCUUGGAAGAGCUGUUAUAGGAUGUCAAACUGCUCAUUUGCAACUGUGGCUGACCACAUUGAUUACAAUUUCACCACAGCAUCAAACCACAAAUCAUGAGCAACUCACUUCGAGACAUCUACUGGAAUAUUUGUUGUCUCAAGAAGUCUGGAUCGGUCGUGGGAACGGUUUGCAUAUGCAGCUCGCUCUCACAGUUCACGGAGAGCCAUUGAAUAGCGAACAGGUCGAUAAAUUGGCUGCGAGACUUGUCAAUGCUCCCGUCUGGCGCCAGCUGAGACUCAAUGCCACCUUGCCUCACAGCUUUAAUGACCAUAAUGGUCGUGAUCGGGGCUCAAUUCGACUUGAGGUUGAUCAUAUUCGUGACUAUAGUAGCGAUACACAAGACAGACGGCACCGAAUUCUUUCAGAUGUCCCAUUUGCCGAUACCCAGCCGCCAGAAGGCGUACCCUCCAUGACAUUGGACUCAGUCUCGCUCCAAAUGGAGGUCGUGGCGAUGAUACCACGCACCAAGGGAAGGGCUACAGGUCUUAGGACGAUGAAUAUCAAUGGACAAAGCAGUAUCCGUGAUGAAGUUACCCCGCAAGUGGAAAACUCUCAUAACAAUCUGAAUGAUCAGGAGACUGGGGAGAGCGUUUUAGAUGCCUCUAUUGAAUCGAUGCCGCGUGCCGUUCCACGGGCGGUCGAUAAGAAGCGCAAAUCCACAGCCGAGCAACGAAGGAUUCCAUUUGGAACGCCUGAUUCACCGGUCGAAAGUACGAAACGAUUGAAAGGCAUUGGAUCAUUUCACAUGAGGACCAAUUAUGCCGAACAUGAUGUGCAUCGACUGGUGGACGCUGCCAUGCGCACCUCUUUCGGCUCAGGGACAUCUAAAUUAGUACAGGACAUAAAGUUACUCACGAGUACCUUUACGGGAGGACUGACAGAUAUUGCACCUGCUCUGUUCAGCGUAGAUUAUUUCGCAUUAUCGCAGCGAGCCCGUCUCAUCCCCACUAUUGGUCGAUCUUUGAGUCGCAUACAGUUCAGAACACCACUAUCUAUGGGUCAAAAUACCACUAUACUUGACAGUGGUGUGCAGACCCCCAGUACGAUGCACUCGCGAGCCGAUCUACACCAAGGAUGGGGCCGCCAUGCAGGUCUGACACUUGAAGCUCGACUAUGGAUGCAUAGUCAGAAAAGAAUACCGACCAAGGGCAAAGUGGUACUCCAGUCAUUUAUCGACCAUACUGAAAACUCAUUACCAUGUGAUUUAAUUCCUGAUGAUCUUGAGGCGGAAAUCGGGACGAUUCCCCUGAACACACGACGUGAGUUAGUCGAACUCUCUCAGGACAACGACCUCCUUUACAUCGACGAGCGAAUACCGGCGGGAAAUGACUCGAUCUUACCUUGCGAGUGUCACACCACUGAACCUACAGUCAUUGAUCUAUUGCUGGAUGAGGAGGAAGAUCUUUUGUUCAACCAAUUUCAUGCGAAACUUUGUGCUUCCGACCAAGCCGCAAUCAACGGCAGUACAGAUGAAAUUAAUCAGAGUAUAAUGCUUUGCGACUCGUUCAAUCUUAACGAACACAUAUCCGAGGAGCGCGAUGAUUUACUCUUUAGGUCUGAUGGGAGUUGUGUAUAGCAAACGAAUGGCUAGGGCUGGGGUCUUGCGUGAUCAUUGAAGAUACAACCAACUGCUUAGCAUCAGAUACUUCGAGAUUUUUCUAGGCUUCACUCGAGCAACUCGUGAUUCAUGUUAGGUGUAUGUUACAACUCAGAAUUUUCAGACAAUAACCACCAAUAGCC